AUGACGUCUAGCACAUCACUAAUAAAAAUAGCUUUGACUGUACUUUGUGUUGAGUGUCUGAUCUCCGCUGUUGCCUGUGACAGAUUUACCUUAGACCUGACAGUCAGAUACUUCACCGAUGUGUCCAUGGUUUGUGACCAUCCAGAGUUAGAAAUAUCCCAACAGAUCGACGUUCGUUCCAUGGCUUGGAUACUUCCGGACGAUGCCUACAACCUCACCGUCAUGGACGUCAGCGACGACGUAUUCGGAUACUAUACGUGUAUCGUAGUGUACGACUUGCAAACCAAACCGCUGGAUGUCAUUCGAUGGAGUAUAAAUAUGGACGGGGCGGAUUUCUCGGAGCUAAUGCAAACUUACCAGGACAAUGCCAUCGUUGGAGGCAUCGCUGCAGGGGCUAUGCUGGUGGCAAUCGGGGCAGUGAUUUUACUGUGGCACUUCCGGUACAGUAACGCCAUAGAGCCCUGCAGAUGGACCUGGAGGAGAAGCUAA